UAAAAUAGAUUUUUGUUGAGGAACAAGGAAAUUCCAAUAAUUAUGCUUUCAUUUCUACAUCCUUAAAAUUUCGACGAGAAUAUAUACAAUAAGGAAACAAAACACUUAAAGUGAUGUAUUUGAGUGAUACAAUCCCUAUCUUUCCAUUCCGAAUUCAAUCGAAAAUGAAAUAGUUUUAUUCAUAACGAUACAUUUCCACGUAAUGGCCUGAUUAAAAAAUGCGCACAAACAAUUAAUCUCACACUUUGAUAUUUAGUUUUAAGACAAUACUUGUGAGCAUGGCUGACUACGUGAACACCACACAUACCAAUGAAAGUCGUUUUAAUAUCGUGUACGCUGAUUUAGUAUUUGACAGAGGAUGUUUUCACUCUUCUCAUCAAGCAUAUUGUGUGUUUGAAGAAGGACCAGUUUAUGCGUAUUCUCCAAACCACCACACUAGUGCUGAAUUUGGGGACAACAUUGAAGAAGGAUUGUUUGAGAAGCUUGAACUGUUAACGGAUGAGGAACCUAACGAUUCUUCUUCCGAUACUCAUUCCUACCUUGAUAUGGAACUAGAAACCGAGCUUUACAACGCGAAACAUCGAUGUAGAACUAGCACUUUUGGAGAGGGUCCAUAUAGUAAGGUUGGAGAGGUCUGCCAACCACCAAAACCAAUAGAGAAAAAAGAGAGGAAGGCGUCACACAAAAAGUUAAAGCUUUCAUGCACUGGAAUGGUUGCCUUAAAUGAUGGCCGAAUCGCCAUCACGACAAGAGAUGGCAAGUUGCUAAUCUUCGGAUUAGAAGGAAAGUUUUUGUUUCAGAAAGAGUUUACCGAUCGUUUUGAGGAUAUCACAACAAUGAAUAAGACGGAUGUAGCCGCAACCUGUGGUUGCAAUAUCAAAAUAUUUACCAUCGGAAAUGCACAGAUUGUCGAGCUUCCCGAAAAAUGUAUUAAAUGUAUCUUUCCAGGGCAAGCUUCCAUACACGGCAUACACUUUGCUGCAAAUCAAUUCUAUAUCUCUUGCAAACUUCAGACAGAUUGCAUUGUACCCAAGCCACUCAUUCGAGUGUAUGAUCUGAGAGGUGGCUUACUGAAAACUUUUGAAAUCCCAAGGUUAGCUUCGCCAAAAUAUGUUGUGUGUAGUGCAGAUGGGAAACACAUUUUUCUAACAGAUCAACGAAAUCGGACAAUUGUGGCGCUAGAUCAAGAUGGAUCGAUAAAAUGGGAGGCAACUGACCUAUCCAUUCCAAAGUCACUCACCAUAGUUGGCAAAAAUCGCAUUGUAGUGGCUUCUGAAGAGUCCACAUCUUUUAAGUGCUUCUCGUUUUCCGGAAAGAUGAUUCGUACUAUUGACACGGAAAUGCAUAAAUCGUGUUCUCCAUUUUUGAUCUUCUACCAUUCUUCCUCAAACAAAUUGUUGUUUUGUCCUGAGAAACAGACGAUCGGAGCACGUGAUUCUGUAUUUUCAAUGAAACUGAAAAAAUCUAAGCGGAAAAGGUUGUCCAGUCUCUUGUUUCCUUUUGCAAAGGAAUAAUUAUUUGACGUGUAUU